GAAACGGCGAGCUAUUCUGAAAUUGGCAGUAUCUAGCGGCUGCAUCUGAAACACUCGUAUUUUAUCCCAUUUUGCAUAACGAGGUGUUUUUUUUUGUUGAAGUUAAUAUACAUAAUUUGCGUUUGUAGUGUAGUUUAUUCACCCGAGUUAAAACGCAUCAUUAUAUGCAAGGUCACACACGGUGUUGGAUGGAAAAUAUAAUGGUGAAAAGUUGUUGAACACCUUUACAAUAAUUUUACAGUCAUGGCGGACACUGCUUCAGGUCAAAUUCUCCGAGACAAAGUUGCUAUAGUAACUGGGGCGUCGAGCGGACUAGGAAGAGCUGUUGCCGUGGCACUGGCUGGGAAAGGAGCUAAGGUUGCCAUGGCAGCAAGAAGGAUGGAUAGGUUACAGGAAGUGGAGUCUGUGAUCGCAAAUAGCGGGGGUGUUUCAAUAUCUGUGAAAACUGAUGUCACCCAGAGAGCCGAGGUGAAAGAGCUGGUACGUCACACAGAAAAGACAUUAGGACCUGUAGAUAUAUUGGUGAACAAUGCAGGGACCAUGUACUAUACCUUGAUGAAAAAUGUGCAUGAAGAUGAGUGGGAGAAAACAGUUGAUGUGAAUAUCAAGGGUUUUAAUAACAGUAUUGGGGCAGUGUUGGAUGGAAUGGUGAAGAGGGGAAAAGGUCAUAUUGUCAACAUGUCCUCAGAUGCAGGCAGAAGGGGUUACCUAGGUCUGGCAGUAUACUCGGGGACAAAGUUUUAUGUGGAGGGUCUGUCACAGGCUAUGAGAAAUGAGCUGAUUGGGACAGGGAUCCGAGUCACAUGCAUACAACCUGGGGAUGUAACAACUGAACUAUUUCAGCAUACCACGGACACUGAAGCAAAGGAAAAAUAUGAUGUUCAUGAAAAAACUAAGAUUUUGGAACCAGAGGACGUUGCCAAUGCUGUGGUAUAUGCUGUAUCUCAACCAGGACAUGUUGGAGUCAAUGAAAUACUUAUUGAACCUAGAGAAGCUCCACUGUGAUAACACAUUCACAUCUCAUCCGGCUGAUACUAUACUUUACUUUAGCAGGGCAUUUAAAUAUUGCCUCAGUCUGUCAUACAUUUUAUGUAUAUGUUAAUACAUAGGAGAGCGGUGCCUUUGACUGAUAAUGGCCCUGGCAAGGUGAUAAUAGCCGAGGGCUACUAUUUUCUUCCAGUGGCAAAGGCACCGCUCUCCCAUGUAUUUAACUGUUUAUUACUAUAAUGUAGUAAGAACAGUUUAGUGUGCCAUAUUCAUAGAAACUAGAUACCUAGUAUCUCCUGACAUAUUUUUCAGCUUUUGAGCAUUUAUUUUAUUUCUACUCUAUACUAUAUAGAAUCAAAUGCCUUUAUAGAUGUACUUUGUUGCUUAGAGUAUAUUUGGGAUUGAAAAUUAAUUAUUUCACGAAAAAUACACGACCCCGUGCUAACGUCAGGGCCAUUGUGGAUAAUGGCCACGGGGCCAGUUUUGAUGAUGUGGUUAUGGCUGAAGCGAUGCGAUAACAGGAGAAUUAUCAGCACACAGUUGUUACUAUCUAUAGGUAUUCCUGUAAUCAUUUGCAGUUUUAAUUGAUACCUAGUAUAUGAAGGCUUCAAAAAAUGAAAUAUAUUAA